GGUGGUGGAGGAGGAGGAGGAGGAGGAGGAGAGGUUGUGCCGCCGCCGCCACCGUUUCUCUUUGUCGUGUGUGUGCGUGUUUCGAGAGGUUAGAAACGCCACGGGAUCAUGGAUCUGCUUUGCUGCGAGAACACGGCGGUCGAGCGCAGAGCUUACGCCGAUCCUGCCGUACUUGGCGACGACCGUGUGUUGCAGAAUCUUCUGAAAACCGAGGAAAGAUACGCACCCAGCAGUUCUUACUUCGAGUGCGUGCAGAGGGACAUCUCGCCGCUCAUGCGCAAGAUCGUCGCGGAGUGGAUGUUGGAGGUAUGCGAGGAGCAGAAGUGCCAGGACGAGGUCUUUCCCCUGUCCAUGAACUACGUCGACAGGUUCCUCUCGAUCUGCCCUAUCAGGAAGUCGCAGCUGCAGCUACUAGGAACUGCCUGUUUGCUUCUCGCCUCGAAAUUGCGAGAACCAUCGCCGCUGACCGCCGAGGCGCUUGUUUUCUACACAGACAACUCCGUCACCCUGGAUGACCUAUGGAGGUGGGAGCAGUUGGUCGUCUCGAAGCUGAAAUGGGAAUUGUCCGCCGUAACACCCGGUGACUUCCUGAUGCACAUCCUGAGCAGACUGCCGGUGCCACGUACCUGGGACCCGGUGAUGGUCAGGAGGCACGCGCAGACCUUCAUCGCCCUCAGCGCCAGAGAAUACAAAUUCUCCAUGUAUACGCCGAGCAUGAUCGCGGCGGCGAGCGUCGCAGCGGCCCUCCACGGUCUCGAUUGGACAGGGAAAAGCGGUUACGGGCUGGCCGGCCUCCUCGACGAGUUAACUCGCAUCACGGCUAUCGAACAGGACUACCUGCAAGGUUGCCUGGAGCAAAUCGAAGAGAUGGUAUCUGAAGCAGUGGGUGCCGACGGUACCGGCGGGAACGGCCAUCAGGUGACCGGAUCAUCUCUUUCGGGCACGUCGCAGAGGCCUCUGGGGGACGAGAUAACCAGCCAGGAGAAGAUCCUGGAACACGAGAAGGCGGGCACGCCGACCGAUGUGAGGGACGUCCAUUUUUGAGAGACGCCGCUGAGGGAAACUCUGGCCAGGGUGACUCUCUGCUGAGCCUAGAGGCCGAGGAGCGAGCGAUGCCCAGCAGCGACGACGACAACGACGACGACGCUGAGGGACCCACGGCCACGAAGAGAAUCAAGAAGGACGAGGCAAAGUUCGAGCUGAAGAACGCGCGAGAAAAUUCUUGAAACGCAAAGAGUAUACAACGCGCACAUGCGCGUGCGAAAGACACAUAGAUAUAUAAAAUACGUUGUGUUUGCUCGACCGAAUCGUCGUUUGGUUUCCCUUCGUCACCACUGUGAACGGAAUCGUCUUUGAAGAAAGAGAGACAGAUCUCGAAACGUGUUCGAUAUUUUAGUGUUCUGUACGGAUUCUGUAGAUUCAUCGCGAAGAUUCGUAAACCCAAACGCGGGACAUCGACGGACUAUAGGGACAUUUUUCUUUUCUUUUUUAAACAGCCACUUCCCUUCGAACGCACGUUCGAUUGUUCGCUGAUCGUUGAGCGACUCGCGAGCAAAGGAGCGCUAUCUUUCGUGGGCUCGACUGGCGGAGAGAGCACGCGAUCGAUGGAAAAACACGAAACAAUUUUAGUCGAUCUAUCUAGAUAAAGCUAUCGAGUAUACGUUAUAGUUUUUACUCGGAGAUCGAGCAACGAUCAAUGCCGAGGCGUUGUCCCAAAACGAAUCGUAAUUCCGCGUGCACAAUUUAUAUAUAUAUAUAU